AUGUCAUCCAUCAAUCAUGGUCAUACCAGUUGCGUUCCUUUGGGAACAGCAAAACUUUUAGCCUCCAACUCUAAUGGAAGAACAGUCGAGUGCAGAGCAGUAUUGGAUUCAGGUUCGCAAAUAAAUAUUGUGACUGAACGACUGGCAUCCAGAUUGGGUCUGCAAGUAAGCUCCAGUUCGAUUUGCAUCGAAGACAUAGGGAUAGGUAAAUUGAGUUCUAAAAGUCGUACAACACUUUUUGUGCAAUCAAAAGUGACCGAUUACAAAACAAUACUUGAAGCAUUUGUGUUGCCAAAAAUUGUAUCCAAUCAACCAUCGCAACACUUACAAAUUUCAAAUUGGAAUCUGCCCAAUAACAUCCAAUUAGCAGAUCCUACAUUCUAUAAGUCUGACAAAAUUGAUAUGUUGCUUGGAGCAGAAUUUUAUCAUCAACUCCUAAGUCCUGGUCAAAUACAUCUUUCAAGGGAACUACCAAUUCUACAGAACACUGUGCUCGGAUGGAUCGUAUCUGGAAAAAUCCAAAAUGCUAACACAAUAGCAUCAGAAGAUAGUUUAGAAAAUGCAAUAGAACAACUCUGGAAGGUUGAAGAAGUUGAUACACACUCAAAGAUCUUGUCAAUAGCAGAGCAACAAUGUGAAGCUCAAUUCACUCAAACUACAUAUCAGAAUGUUACGGGACGAAUUAUCGUACGUCUUCCUUUUAUAAAUGGCAGAUUCGCUUUGGGAGAUUCGAAAGACAUUGCUACAAAUAGAUUUCUAGCACUAGAGCGUAGACUUUCAAAGGAUAGUCACCUCAAACGACAAUACGUAGUUUUUAGAUGA